CGCGUUUCAAACUCAGGCUGGAUGGCUUUUGUAAAUUUUGCGUCCUUCAGCUGCUCCUGUAUCUUUUAACAGGUUUCCGUUUGAAACGAUAUAUUAAAAAAAUUCUAGAAAGCGGUCGGCAAUUCGGGCUGUGUCAGUGGAGAGAGACGUUAAGAUAACGUUUCAGGCCUCUGACCUUCGACUGAAACAUUCUCUCCCCAGAGACGAUCUGACUGACCCGAUGGGUCCCAACGUCAUCUGUCGUUAUUGAUACUGAAAUGUUGAACUAAUAUUUAUAAAUGUGCACGAUAUGAAACAACCAACUAUCUUCAAACAAAAAAAAGUACACGGAGCUAAACUUUUGACAGUAUUGGCGAUCUGUAUUGAAAUUUCACUCGUGUAUAGCUAUGGUUAGGCAGAACAUAGAAAUGAAUGAUCAAAUGGCAGCAUGAGUUAUGGGACAAGGUUUUGGCGGCCUUACAGCACGUAGAGUACAACGGUUUGACAUUUAAUGCAUCAGGGAAAUCAGGAAUUACUAAACCCAGUGUAUGGAAAGUUUAAAAAGAACAUUUUACCAAGGGCAUGGUGGUUCGAUAUAGAACUCCUCACACUUUCCUCAUGCCAUGUGGAUGUGUUGGUCUCAUUAUGGAUUUUAAGACCAUUAAGUUCAAUUUAGAAAAUUAAAAUGAUUUCUGCAAGAGUAGAAACGUGGCUGGAAGCAACAUGGCACCUCAAAGUUCCUUCACAUUGGCUUCAAGCAUGUUUAGAGUGGAUUCAACAAGAGAACCAAGGUACUAACUUAACACAGGCCCUUAUCAACAAACAAGUUUUUGAGCAAUGGCUUCUUACUGACCUCAGGGAUCUAGAGCACCAAAUUUUGCCAGAUGGAAUCUCAGAAAUGCAAAAAAGUGAGCUUAGUGGAUUUUACUGUUUGCAAGUUGAUUCAUUGGUUGAUGUCAGUCAACCUGCGUACAGCCAGCUGCAGAAAAUCAGGGGAAAGGACACCACUAAUGAACAAGUAACAUCAACGCAAAUAUCCCAGAGAUCUUGGGAAGCCAAACCAACUCGAAUGUUAAUGUUGCAAUUAACUGACGGAGUGCAGGGGCUCCAAGCAAUGGAAUACCAACCUAUACCUGCUCUUCAUUGCAACCUAUCACCAGGCACAAAAAUCUUGUUGUUGGGUAAUAUUGCCUGCCGAUUGGGAGUCCUGCUGCUGAAACCUGAAAAUGUGAGGGUGCUUGGGGGUGAAGUGGAGACCCUUGUGAAAGAAAACUCCCAAGAGAGAAUACUUGCAAGGUUAAUUGGGGAAUCAGAUGAUGCAGCCAUAACAAAAAUGAAUAGUAAUGAUCAACCUACUGUUGAAAGGACUAAUGGGAUGCCUCCGCUUCCAGAACCUGUAGAUGAUGAACUAUUGGCUGGCUUUGAUGAUGAUGAUGACCUGUUUUUGGACCCUGAUAUAGAUUCUGAAAGUGGGUAUGGUACUAAGAUUGGCACUUCAAGCAGUGUCUCAGAUUGCACUCAGCACCCAACCAGUGCUCUGAAUAACCGAUGGCAACAUAGGGAGUGGCAGUCUUCAGAAAUGUCCAGAGAAUUUCAAAGUGAAAACAAAGAGUUACAAGACAACAAUGAUGAAGACUUUGAUGAGUUUCCCUUGGAUGAACUUGAUGAUGAUUUGUUUAAUGCAGAAAUUGAGCCAAGUGGGGAAAUAAAUGAAUCCUCUAAAUCUCAUGUAUUGUUAGCAGAGGAACUACAGAUAAGUAAAAAGAGAUGUGUUGAAACAGUGGGAGUAAGCGGCAAAUCUAGCCCAUGUCGAGAACAAAGUGUAAAAGCUGUUGAUAACUCUUCUGACCAGAGGUUACAAAGCCAUCUUAAGCAUUUGACAAAUGAUAAAUAUACUGAAAAUGCAGAGGAAUGUUCCAUGCUAAGUAAUUUAAAUACUCAAGAAUCACACAAUUUACUCAGAAAAUCAGGCAUUAACUCCAUGGAAAGAAAUAUAAAUAUUCUCACUAUGGAACGGGCAUGUGACACCUCUGACAAUAGACCAAUUCAUGCCACUAAUUUUGAAAAUGUGUGUGUUACAUCUGAAGUAAUUACAAGUUCUUCCAGCAAUGGAGGUAGCUUUAAACAAACCUAUGUGAAAAUAGGCAGCUCAGAAGGAAGAAAAUAUCACAGUGGUUCUAUAGAAUUGAAAUCUCCACCAUUUACAUAUCUAAAAAUCCUUUUGGAUAAGAAACCUGAUGUAAUAACUGUGGUGCAAAUCAAAGGCUUCAUUGUUACAUUACUUGAUAAGCUCACAAGCAGUAGUGGUCUUUGGAGUAUCAGAGCUAGAAUAUCAGAUGGUACUGCCUACAUGGAUAUGGAACUUGGUGAUGACAUUUUGAGAAAUCUGAUUGGUUUCUCAGUAGGUGAAAUGAGAGCCUCAAUAAAAUGUCCCAACAAACAGAAAGAAGUAACUGUAGGGUUGCAGAAAUGCCAACAGGAGUUGGUGGACCUUUGUUGUUUGAUGAUGAUUGAAUUUAAUCCAACUCGUACUACUGCUAGAGUUGUGUCUCUCCAUGAAGUAAGUGUGGAAGAUCUGCAGGCAUUGAAACAUCGUGUACACGAAGAAAGGUUUGUGUUAGAUGACUAAAUCGUUGGUGAUAUUAUUGCUGUACUCACGUGACAAAUUUAGAAGAUCAAUUUAAUCAAAUGAAAAUUACAUGUUUGUUUUUAUAUUACUUAUGAAACUUGCUUCUAAAGAAUAAACUUUUCUAAAAAUACUUCAAAUUUCUUCAGUUUUAAACUUCAGACAGAGUGGAAUUCAUCCUUUAGUUUAUUUGGAGUCUAAUUUUUCGCCAGAUGUAGGAAGACUAAAAUAAUAGAUGUUUCCAAUCCCUACAGAGGGAAUUCUGCCUGUUGUAACUACAGUAUGUUGUUUCUAAGCACUCGAUCCAUCGGUUUAAAUCAUACUCUGCCCUUUCUGCAUCCCUAUGUUUUCAGUGUUUUUUUUAAACUGCUAUGCUUACCUUCUUAAGAUAUUCUUUUCUUUUGGUAGGUGACUCCCUUCACUCAUACAGAAUUUUCUAGUUAACAAUUUACCAACCAGUGGCAUUAGAUUUUCCUGAGUUAACUUAGCAAAACUUGUCAUAUUUUUGAACACCUACACCUCUAUCACAUCUGUCCCUAUCAUUGCAAAUGGAAAGUGCCUCAGUCUUUAGGUUCUCCUCAUUUGUAUUACCAAAGCAAAUCUGUUUUAUGUCCAAAGCCUUGCCAAUUUUCCUAAAAGGAGUUGAGGUUCAUCGUGCUAAAAAAUGGACGUGGUAGUCUGAACUAUUGUUGUUGAGGUAACUCUACAUUGGUUGGGGAUGAAGUAAAGUUAAAUUGUAGGGGACUUGCUCCUGUCUGACUCCCAAAUCAUUUCUUGGGGUUAGUGCAUUUAAGUAUUUUACUUAUGCAGCUGAGGGGCAGAAUUGUUCUGUUUCCUGCUGCAGCAUAAGUAGCUGUGUUUAUUAAUUGUCAGCUUAUGAUCAAUUGUAUGGUAAAGUAAACAUUUUACAUUUUAAAUUUCUUCCUUUCUCUGAAAGGAGCAUAGCUGACAAGCUGUGGAUGAAUUUCUCAUUUACGUAUUAAGGUCUGUCCUUGUAAAUUGGAUCUAGUCAUGAGUUGGAGUUCUAAUGUAAUAGAGGUCAUGGAGAAAUGUGAGAGGCGGGGCAGCUGUGUUUCUGCUAAAGUCCAUGGCUGGGAAUACCCACUUUGAUUUCAUCAAAUUGCUGCCAGAGUCAAGAAGCUCUAUCUGUUCCCUUGAGGCAAAUAAAACUCCCCAAAGCGAUGGCUUGCUGGCCAAGUUGUACUUGCUCUGUGGGACUGGAUGGAACCACAUGUUCUGGAAUUGUACAGUGCUAUAUGCAAAAGUAUUAUCACCAUCAUACCCAAGCAGAAUGAAGAGAGAAAGGACAUCAGGAAGUGGGGACCCAUCUUGCUGUUGU